AUGGGAGCUAAUUGCUGCAUUGCUGCAAAGGAGAGGACACAGCCAUGCAUCACUCCAAUAGAAGUAUCAGCAUACAGGAAUGUGAGGCACUCGCCAUCAUGGAGCUUUCGAUGGGACAAUCGCACACAUAUAGAAGACAUAAUGGAUAUUCCUACUCUGUUCUCCAACCAUAGUAGUGGAAGCAUUCGGCCUGAUACAAAGAGUGGUUCCAUUGCCCCAACCGAAGGAUUUUCUAAUGGAAAUAGCCGUGGAACUAGCCCUUCCAAUGUGUUUCACGGAGCAAAGUGGCACAAAUCUGAUAAAAAAUUGGAAGCACCUAAGGUCACAAAGGCUGAUCCUCGAGCUGACCGCUCCACAGCAAGUAACUCUUCCCCUGAGGCAAAGCUUUCCAGGAAAUCACUGGACAUGUCAAGUGUUGCUUUAGUAUCCAGAGCAGAUCCAUCAUCCUCCAGGGGGCAUUCUCAACCUACAGAUUCAGAUUCGACGAAGAAAGCACGGCGGUCACCAGGGUAUCAAUUAUACAGACAGGUUUCGGACAGUAAAAUUCCAUCUCUCAGAUCUCUCAAUGAGAUAAGCUCUCCUGAAGGAAGGCCUUCCUCUUCCAUGCUAUCAGUCUGCAGCAAUGACUUAUCAGCAGCAGGAUCCUAUGGUGAGUCAUCUGAUGGUUGGUCAAUGCGCACAUUUUCUGAAAUGGUUGCAACAUCCCAAAGAGAGAGGUGGUCACUUGAUAGUGAGCUCUUGGGAUCCAUUUCUAGUAAAAUGACAAGAUCAAGUGCUUCGAAUUCUACUUCACUUCCCCCUGACCAAGAGGUGUGCAAGCUGUGUUUGAAGCUGUUAAAGGAGAGAUCGACAUGGAAUGGUCAGGAGCUGGCUGUUGUUGCUGUUUUGUUGUGUGGACAUGUGUACCAUGCUGACUGUCUGGACAGCAUAACUACAGAAGCUGACAAAUAUGAUCCUCCAUGCCCUGUAUGCACCCAUGGUGAGAAAUGUACAGUGAAGUUAUUUGGGAAGCUGGAAUCAAAGAUUAAGAACAAGAUACCAAAAAAUGUGGCAGUUGAUAUGAAUCCAGAUGGGAACAGUAAUAAGCACCAGAAGAAAGGUAGCAGGGAGCCCAGGUUAGGUACAAGUUCAAGCAUGAAGGAAGGAUCUUUAAGAGGAGGUGAACUCCCCAGCAUGCAAGCUAAUGGAGUAAAGACUGGCACAAGGGCUGCCGAGCAACCCACAUAUUUGGAAGUUUCUCCCAGCCAUCAUAUUCGGAUACUGGCGCAGAGCGCAUGGUAG